AAACCAAGCCUCCUUCAAUGAACAAACUUUUACUUUAUUAAUCGUAAAGAAUGAAAUAUUUGUCAUAAAAGGGCAUAAUAUAACAUGCAAACUCGUACUUCUGUCAGUUGUAAAUGAAAUUGCUUUGGUGAAUUAUGAAUACAUUAGUAUUCAUGCUGGACAGUUGUUGAUUCCAGCCAAUAGCCUACUCAGUAGGCUACUCUAUCUGUGAUACUGAUAGGCUACUCCUCUAUCCCAAGAACGUAAAAUAAAACCCCUCGAAAUCUAAGUAUUUCGUUCAAAAACUACUAAAGUUAAUUACAUAUCUAGCACACACCGAUGUUGACGAACGAGUUGAAUUUUAUCUUAGGUGCAAUUGGAAACAUUGGACAUUGGUCUGAUACAAUACUAAAAAAGUCAACAUGCAGCAGUUUGUACACGAUAGAGUGAACUCCACGAAGCCUGAACAACAUAUGUCAUUUAAUUGUGAAGGACCGGCUAAUGCGCUAGCUUUAAAUAAAGAUGCAACCAUGUGCGUUGUGGCUGGAAGAACAGUAUUUAGAAUAGUUGGAAUAGAAGAUCAUGGUUUUGUAGAUAGAAUUAAUCUUCGAGUUGGUAAAAUUAAUCUCAACUAUUGUGCUGCCGAUGUAGCAUGGAACCACCAUGAUGAAAAUAUUUUAGCAUCAGCUGCCACCAAUGGUUCUGUUGUUAUCUGGAAUUUAAACAAGCCAAACAGAUCAAAACAAGAAUGCGUUCUGACAGAUCAUAAGCGAACUGUAAACAGAGUUAUCUUCCAUAAAGCUGAUGCUUCCAUAUUAUUAAGUGGUUCCCAAGAUGGAACUAUGAAACUGUUUGAUAUUAGAAAACAUGCUGUUAGUUUAACAUUUACUGGUAAAAUGUCUGAAAGUGUUAGAGAUAUACAGUUUUGUCCACACAUAGGCUCAGGUUAUUUCCUGUUCGCAGCAGCAUAUGAUAAUGGAAAUAUUCAGUUAUGGGAUAUGAGAAGACAAGAUCGAUGUAUUAAACAGUUUCCUGCUCAUACUGGUCCCGCCUUUUCUCUUGAUUGGCAUCCUGAAGAGAAAGAAUGGUUAGCUACAGCUGGACGAGAUAAAAUGAUAAAAGUUUGGGAUACGACACAGAAUCCAGAACGGAUGAUCAAAUCUGUCCAAACGAUAGCAUCUGUGGCUAGAGUAAAAUGGCGACCACAGAGAAAACUUCAUUUAGCCAGUGCUUCAUUGUUAUUAGAUCAUCAUGUAAAUGUUUGGGCGUUAGGUCGGCCGUAUAUACCAUUUGCUACAUUCGAUGGUCAUAAAGAUGUUGUCUCUAGUAUAGUAUGGUUAGAUACACAUAUAUUUUUUACCUGUGGUAAAGAUGGUUACCUAGUUCAACAUUCCUUUAAAGAUGCUAAACGUCCAGCAGACAGUGUGAUACCAUCAGGAGUAGACAUGGAUUUAUUCGGUCAUGUUUCUCAUGCUUUUGGUGAAAGAACCGGAUCUAAGAAAGCAAGUCAAGCUGGUGGACGUUUUUCAUUUUUCUCAAAGACACCAGAUAAAGGUGAUUUAUUUACAGAAUCCCACAGUGAUAUGUAUGUACAUACAACCAAACAUAAUUUAACGUUACCAUUUGAAGGUUUUAUCGAAUCAGCUAAGAGAUAUAAACUGAGUAAUUUAACCUUUGAUGCUUUAUGUGAUCAUAAUGCUGAUAUAGCACGCAGAUUAAACAGACCAAAGGUUAGUAGUUGUUGGUCUGUACUACAUGUGUUAUUUUGUAAUAAACAUCUCUCCCACAGUAUGACACCUAGAACAAAUUCUAUAGCUCCUUCUAAUGAUAAACAAGAUAACAAUAAAGGAACAGGGAAAUCUCAGUUAACCUCAACACAAGAUAUGAAUAAAGUGAAUGUUAAAGAUAGUACCUCAGAUGACUCAGAUGGUGAAAAUUCUGAAUUAGAAAAUAAUUUAUUAGUAGACAGUGGAUUACUUAAUCAACAAACUGAUUUUUUCUUUGGCGAUGGUGAGACAGACGGAUUAGAUUAUGAUAAUCCCACAUCAAGUUUUGAUAUGUUAACCAAAGUUGAUGAUGAUUUAUUGGAUUAUAAAUUACCCUAUGAAGCUAUUCAAGUACGCCAUGAACUAAAAACAGUUUCGCCUGAAGAUUUAGCAGCUGGUCAUCAAACUCUAGUUGGAGAACAGAAACAUAAUAAUAUGACAGAUAAUCAGAUAUCUCCGUCCGAACCUGAGGAUGAGAAUAUUAUAAAUAUACCAUUUAAACUUGAUAUACCACGGAUUUCAGAACCUCAAAUAGUUGUAGAUAUGUUAAAAACAUUCGCUCAACAGGGUGAUAUACAAUCUACUGUAUCUAUGUUAAUUGUAUUAGGUGAUAAAAUAAGACCAUAUAUAGAUGAAGAAGUUCAAGAAGCCUGGUUUCAAUCUUAUAUAGAAAUAUUGGGUUACUAUGAAUUAUGGACGGUGUCAGCAGAAAUUAUAAAAUUAUGUCAUAUAGGUCAGGUAUCAUCUUUAAAUCAACAAUCGACUACGAUACAUACAUAUUGUAGUCAGUGUAGUCGACAAAUACUCGGUAAAGUAGGGUGGUUAUGUGAGAAAUGUAAAAUUGUUACUAAUAGCUGUAGUAUAUGGUAAGUAUAAAUAAAUCAUAACCUUAAAUGAAUACUACCUAAGUCAUAAUUACACCCCAUCUUCAGUGAGUAAGACAUUGGCUCGCUAACCUGGAGGUGAUAGAUUCCUUUGUUGGCCGAGAAAGUUCAUCGGGAAUUUUCCAGCAUGAUUCGUCCUUGUUAGUGCUACAGGACGGAGGGUCUAGCAAGAGACAACGUAUAGUCAUUUGGAUGGGACAAAAAAUCAAGGUUCUGUGUGCACAUUGGUAAGCUGUAGUGCCGCUGUCCAGGCAAAAUUUCCUUCAUAGUAGGCCUACACUGUAUGGCAUAUGCCCGUCUUUAUUAGCCCAGGGGGGGUUGGAUGGCCGAAUGGUUAGCACGUGCGUGCUGUAUCAUAAGGCCUGUCAUUGAGUCAACUGGCGUGGUUUUGAAUCCCCGGUUGUACGUGACAAGGAGUAGGGUCGCCUGUCCAACCUUGUGGGUUUUCCCCUGGUCCUCCGGUUUCCUUCCACUGCUAAAGACCCCUACGCGCAAGCGAAUUAUUGAAAUGAAAUUAAAACCAUAUGUAAGUCCCGAAAUGACCUAGUUUGUGUCGAGUGGACUUUAACUCCAUUUCUCUCUCUCUUUCAUUAGCCUAGUCUGAGCAGAUCAGUAGGACAUUAAAGCCCAUUUCAUUUUAACUUCAUUAGCCCAGUCAGUGUAGAAUAGUAGGACGUUAACCCUCAAACACUUGUAUAUGUAGAUAUUGACUACCCGGUUUCCUGGAAGAAAAUUAGAGAAAGGAGUGUGAAACUGCCUCAAACAACCAGAGAUAUGUGAAUAACAUUCUGUAUCAUAGGAACAUAUCGCAUGCACAACUGCUAUGCAUGUGACAAGGAGGAUUGGGGUGGUGGUAGGAGCUCUAGUUAAGAUGGUUUUCAGUGUUUUACUAAAGGACACACAAGAUUGUGUACAGUAACUUUUUUUGAAGCCUCAAUCCGCUUUCCUUUUAAUAAACUUAACAAAUUAGAAUGUCGACUGUCCUCUUGUAAUACUUCACAACUAGUUUUUAUUCUUCAUAAGAGUAACAUAACAAAUGAUCUCUGGUGAGUCUUAAUUUUAUUCAACAAUAUGGUAAUAAUUAUAUUUAUUGUGAUUUCUCUUUACAGUCAUCUUCCAGUUAGGCAUAUGUUCAUCUGGUGUCAAGGCUGUUGUCAUGGCGGCCAUAUUGAUCAUAUCAAAGACUGGUUUGCAGUAAAUAAUGAAUGUCCUACAGGAUGUGGUCACAUGUGCCAGUAUACUUGA